UUUUUUUGUAACUAAAGCUGGAUGUGUAGAACGUCACAUGUUUUUCUCUUUCAGUUCAGUCACUCGGCGAUAUGUGUUAUAUACUGUGAAACUAUUGCAGGUACCGAAUGGGAGUACACGGCGCCGGAGAGGGAAUAGGGCGAGGAGAUUAAGGACUUGGAUUUAUUUUUGCGAUCGAGAUCACAUUUAACAAGUUAAGGAAAAAAGUGAGUCUGGGACCUGAGAAAUGGCCAGUCCGCCGACUGCGGGAGAACACUUGUUUUCCAGCGUGAACGUCAGCAGUAAUGUUAAAAAGUGCGGGUACCUGAAGAAGCACAAGCACGGCCACAAGCGGUUCUUCGUGUUGAGGGAGCCAAGCGAGGGCUCCCCUGCCAGGCUGGAGUACUACGAGAACGAGAAGAAAUGGAAGAACAAGUCGGCUGCCAAGCGGGUGAUUUCUCUCGGCUCUUGCUUGAACAUCAACAAGAGGGCAGACGCCAAACACAAAUACCUGAUAGCGCUCUACACCAAGGACGAAUACUUCGCCGUGGCUGCAGACAACGAGCAGGAGCAGGAGAACUGGUACAGCGUGCUGACAAAUUUAAUGAAUGAAGGCAAACUGUGCGACGGAUCGGCGUCCAGCUCCGCAUCGUCUUUGGUCGGAUUCGAGGAGACGAAUUACGGUAUGAUCGCACCAGCCAGCGCCGCUUAUAAAGAGGUAUGGCAAGUAAAUUUAAAAUCUAAAGGUCUCGGUCAAGCCAAGAAUCUGACCGGGGUGUACAGACUCUGCCUCUCCAGCCGGACGAUAAGCUUCGUGAAGCUGAACUCGGAGGUCCCCGCUGUUAUUUUGCAGCUGAUGAAUAUUCGGAGAUGUGGCCACUCUGAUAGUUUCUUCUUCAUUGAGGUAGGCAGAUCCUCCUCCAUCGGACCCGGCGAGCUUUGGAUGCAGGCGGACGACUCUGUGGUCGCGCAGAACAUACACGAGACUAUUUUGGAGGCCAUGAAAGCGAUGAAAGAGCUGUCGGAGUUCAGACCGCGAAGUAAGAGCCAGUCUUCCGGCACUAACCCCAUCUCCGUGCCCACCAGGCGGCACUUGAAUAACUUACCCCCGAGUCAAACAGGACUGCUUAGGCGAUCGAGAACGGACAGCAUGGCAGCGAUAUCGCCUGUCAACAAGUUAACUUCCUGCCGGAUUCGAACUGCCAGUGAGGGGGAUGGUACCAUGACUAGACCCAUAUUAAUAAACAGGAACCCAAUUACCCCCAACUCCAAUCAAAACCACCUCAUCAGAUCUAACACUGUCAGCAUUAGGCCCAGCAGGAUAUUUGAGUCCUCAGCACUUCAGCAUAGUAAGUCCAUGUGCAUGCCUGUUUCCCACUCUCCUCCUUCCACUAUCAGCUCAUUGAGUUUGUCCUCCAGUGGUGGGAAUGGCUCUGCUUUAGAAACCGGCCAGCGUCCAGCCAGUGGCAGCGCCUCAAUCUCUGGAUCCCCAAGCGAUGGCGGGUUCAUGUCGUGUGAUGAUUAUGGAUCGAGUCCAGGGGAUGCAAGGCAGCACCUGGCUAACAGGAGUAACACACCCGAGUCCAUUUCUGACACGCCGCCCAACCGAGAGGGUGACCUGUAUGGGUACGUGAUGAUGGAGAGGAUGGCUGGCGGCAACCAGAGCUGCAGGUGGAUUUCUCGGGAUGAAGGACUGGAGACGGUGCACCGGAAGAGGACAUACUCGCUCACUACACCCUCCCAGCAGCGGACGCCUUCACAGCUGUCCUCUGCCUCUCUAGAUGAGUAUACUCUGAUGAGAGCAACGUUCAACAGUGGCCCUUCCGGGCUGGGUUCACGUACAGCUUCCCCAAGGGUCACUUAUCCGGAAGAUUAUGGGGACAUCAAAAUCGGACCUUUAAAAAGUCUGAGUAACAACAACCUGGAUGAAAAUGGGUACAUGCCCAUGACACCUGGAGUGGCUCCACAGGGGGUUGAAGAUGGAAACUAUGUACCUAUGAUCGUCUCGGCACCUAAACAGAUCAUGAGACCUGGCUUACAAGCUCAGACGACCGGAAACGGAUACAGAACAGUGUCACCUAGCAGCUGCUCUCUGGAUGACAGCGGCUACAUGCGAAUGUGGUCUGGCUCCAAGUUGUCGAUGGAGAGCGCAGAUGGGAGGCUGACAAAUGGUGAAUACGUGAACAUGUCACCCGUCGACCCCAGCGUGUCUGUCAUGCCUCCGGACUUCUCCGCCAGGACUCUGCCAGGCGAAUCCGCCCAAGGUUGUUCCACCUUCACCUCAUUGCCUCGCUCUUAUAAAACACCGCUCCCCAAAAAUGGAGACAGUGACCAGUACGUGGUGAUGAACUUGCAGACUCAAAAGAUUGUGGAGGAACCAAACUACUGUGCAAUAUCUGCCAAUCAUACUGCAACAACAUCUGGCUCCACCCCUCUGCCCAUCACGAAGAAUGUCGGUGACAGUUUGGGACACAAAGGCAGAGCAAUCAGGCCCAACAGAUUACCACUGGACUCAAUAAGGACACUUCCAAGUAUGAACGAGCACCCUUUACCUAAUGAACCAAGAAGCCCUGGUGAGUAUAUUAACAUAGAUUUUGGUGAAAAUGCAAAGUCUUAUCCCCCCUCCCAGUCGUCAGACAGCCUGGCAUCAUCAACGGGCUCAGCUACCAGCCUCAGAAGAUCCCCCUUCUCCGAUUACAUGAACACAGACCUGGGUAUAUUGUCACCCAAGGCAAGUGAUGCCCCCACCGACCCCUUGAAUGCCACGUACAAAUUAUCUGUGUGCCAGCCUGCGAAAGAGGAGUACCCCAAAGAGCAAGUCGACUUGGUGUGCCCCCCUGACACGGAGAAGGACGAUUACACGGAGAUGACAUUUGGCAUCAGCGCCUCUCCUAAGCCUGUCCCACAGACUUUUGAGAGAGUGGAUGCCAGCAGUGCGGUCCAGAGGUUAUCCCUCCGAGAUCCGGGGCUUCCAGGGGUAGAGGCGUUCAUGGUGUCUAGCCCCCUUGUAGACCCAGACAGAGGUGCGAAGGUGAUCCGGGCUGACCCCCAGGGGCGCAGACGUCAUAGCUCUGAAACCUUUUCUUCUACAACAACGGUCACACCCGUCUUUCCCUCCUUCGCCCAUGAUGCCAAGAGGCACAAUUCCGCCUCUGUGGAAAACGUCUCUGUGUGGAACAGCGAGGGCUCCGACGAAGAGUAUGGGAGCCCUGUGUGUCGGGAGACUUCUGCAGGCUUCCAGAAUGGUCUCAGCUACAUUGCCUUAAACCUGAUGGACGAGAAUCUGGGGACGUGCAAAAAUCUUGUGAAGUUCAAAGCUGCCAGUUACUGCAAAGGAGACAUAAAUGGAAUACACUCCACUACUUUUGUGGGCUUGGGUUUUAAGGAGACGGCCACCACAGUUAAAGACUAAACAGCGAGCUGGCUCUUCUCUCCGAGGAGCGAAUGCGGAGCAGAUCGUCGACAAGCGAGCAGACUCUGGCCGGUGAACCACGUGCUGCUGUCCACGACCCCUUGACCCUGGAGUUGCGCCACGGGCAUGUUACGUGCGGCUCCUCUUCCCCAUCUUGCCUCUUGAUCGGGAACCAUCACGUUGCUGCUCUCUAGAUAAUGUCGGGCGCUAACGGUCGUAGCGUGCAAAUAUUUAAAACUAGCGUACACUUCUUCCAUGUUGUGAUCCUGCCACUUGUUGUAAUCAGGCUUCAGAUAGUGUGGCCAGUGAACUUCAUUCUCAAACCUGUGAACCAAACCUGGAAGUAAGAUUUCUCACUUUUUGUUGUACGGUACACAUUUGUAUAUACACAAAGGCUACAUAUUUAUUGAUCUGGCUGUCUGUGUGUGCCUUUUAUGCAUGCAGUCCAGAGGUGAACUCUUUUAACAACAAAUUCGAUAGGAAAAUUGCCCUACCUCAGAAACAGACCGGUUAUUAUUGUUAUCUUACUCAAAAUAUAUAAGAUUUAAAUUUAUUUUCAAGUUUGAAUGUUUCAUAAAACCAGUGCAUAGCCUUACGGACCUUGUCAUAUAACAUUUCUACUAAAGAUGUUUAGUUUGGACCUGUACAGGCAGAAAUACUGGCGUGCUGUUUGCAAUGAAAACUGAAUGUUUCUAAAAAUGUUCACUUUUUGUCAAGUACUCAGCUUCUGAAAUCAAAGACUUUACUGUUUUUAUUUUUUUCUUAUAGUUUUUUUUAUUUAUUUUUUAGUAUUAAAGAUAUUUGCAUAAAACGUCACAAGGACAUUCUAUCUUGCUUGUAAAGAAAACAGAUAUGGAUAGCUAUAUAGAGAACAGGCUUCUAGAAGAACCAUGCACAGCUUUGGAGGGAAGCUUGACUCUUUGAUGUAAAUGCACACACAGAACUGUACGUCUGCGAGUCGAAACGAUUCAUUUUACUGUUUAAGAAAGCACCUCCGUAAAUACAAAAGAAUAAUAAUAAUAAAAAAAAUCACGGGCACCUUCUCACCUUUAAACUGUAACCUCAUUCCUCAUCCUCUGGCGAUUUGGGCUAUGCUCACGUCUGAACUCUACAUUGAUAGAAGCUCCCGUUGGCCAAAGUAAGGGGCUGCUUUGCCCCUCUGCUCCACAGCUGCUCCCCCAGACCAGCAACGUCUUGCUGAGAAUCCCAGCUGUGAAGGAGUGGUUGCGUCGAGCGAUGGGCGAUGGGUAAAAGGCCCCUCAUAGAUACUCUUAUCAGGGAUGCUUUUAGAGGCUUCUGGCCAUAACUGCUGCUCUCUCGCUAGGUGUGUUGGACUGAGAUGAGCUCGACAGAACCGACACGAUGUCUGGCACUUCCAACACUUAGAUUGUACCACAGGACAUAUGAAUGUAGAGCAUUCGCUGUUCUCCACUGGAGAUAAGUUAAUUAAAUAAUUCCAAUCGUCAGUUCAAUGGAACAAAAGCAUGUGUCUGACUGCGUAGUGAGAGCUCAUUUUACAUGACAUUGCCUGAUGCUGUAAAUACUGUACAAAUGCAAGGAAGAUGAAAUUAAGUAAUUUAACCAUCUUUAACAUUUAAGGUUUGGAAUAACUUAUGUCAUUUAUUGUAUAUAUUAUAUAUUUCUUUGAAUGAAUUCCCCAAACAACUAUAGCACUAAUAAAAGUAUGUGUUAAAGACAUUUUGAGGCAGGAGCAGUAAGAUUGCAAAAUGGUUGCAUACAGGUAUUGUUCUGUGUGAUUAAAUGCCACUAAAACUAUUUUGUAACAAUAUUGUAAAAAAAAAAAAAAAUUCAAUGUCAUGCUUGAUAAGGAAAAAAAACCUUGGUACUUGGUUAUAAUUCAGCAACAGCAUAUGCAAUAUUUACUUUAAAAAAUUACCUAGUUUACAGAAUGGAACCAAAUGUAUAAAUAAUAUGUAAUAUAUUUGUUAAAUCUGAAAAUGAAAUUAAAAUAUUGCUGUUUGUACAUGUUUUCUGCCAACAUUAAAGUUUGUUUUCUUUAUUUUUGAGAACCCGACCCUUAAAGUUCACAAUGGUUUCAUCAAAAGUUUAUCUCUAUUGAUUCUCAGUAUCAAAAGGUUAAAUAUUAAGAGGCCUGUUUGACUUUGCUGUGUCUUCCAUUGUACAUAUUUCAUAUACUGUUAAUUGUGAUGCUACGGGAAAGUAAUUUAAACUAGUGUAGUUAAGUAUUGCUUUAGUCUGUAUUAAUUAUGGAUUGCCACAUGCAAUAAAAAUUACAUUAUUUAAGAAAA